GAAAAGAAAAGUCGAUCUCCAGUCGUUCGCGGUUUGUCUGCGAGGAAAAGUGUCUCUUUUUCGCGUGGAAAUGUGUCCUUUCAACUGAUAUCCUAGUGAUACCUGUCUUCUGCGUCCGCCAGUGGUGUUGCUGAGUGCUAAAGUGUGACAUUUUCCUGUCUGCGUGGUGGAGAAAAGUCGCUGAGAAUUUUCCGAAAUGGGGAAGACAAAGAUUUACUGCGCCAAAUGCCAAAAGAAGUGCUCCGGUGAGGUUUUGCGGGUGACGGACAAGUAUUUCCACAAGACGUGCUUCCAGUGCACAACAUGUAGCAAGAGUCUGGCCACUGGCGGCUUCUUCUCCAAGGAUGGCGCGUACUUCUGCACGCUAGACUAUCAGAAGCUCUACGGCACCAAGUGCGCCGCGUGCGGGCAGUACGUGGAGGGCGAGGUGGUGUCCACGAUGGGCAAGACAUAUCAUCAGAAGUGCUUCGUGUGCAGCGGCUGCAAAAAGUCCUUCCAGUCCGGCAGCAAGGUGACGAACACGGGAAAGGAGGUGCUCUGCGAGACGUGCGUGUCCAAUCCGGCGUCCAGCAAAGUCACUGCCACGCAUCAAUCGCGCGCCGAGUCGCAGAAGCCGCAAUCGCCACAGCCUUCCGCCGCGGCCAGGGAGAUCACCAUGAGCCCCACGCGCGCCACCGCGGCCAGUCAGCAGCAGGAAGUGCCGCGGCGCGUGAACAACUCCACGGACUACGAUCCCAACGAGUGCGCCGGCUGCGGGGAUCAGCUGAAGGAGGGCCAGGCGCUGAUUGCGCUCGAUCGCCAAUGGCACGUGUGGUGCUUCAGGUGUAAAAGUUGCAGCGCAGUGCUAAACGGGGAGUACAUGGGCAAGGAUUCGGUGCCGUACUGCGAGAAGUGCUACCAGAAGUCUUUCGGCGUCAAGUGUGCCUACUGCAAUCGCUACAUCAGUGGCAAAGUGUUGCAGGCCGGAGACAAUCAUCACUUCCAUCCCACGUGCGCCAGGUGCACAAAGUGUGGCGAUCCGUUUGGGGAUGGCGAGGAGAUGUACUUGCAGGGCAGCGCCAUUUGGCAUCCGCGCUGCGGUCCUGGCCCAGGAGCUGACGUGGGAACUGUCCUCAACGGCACAAAUGGUCACUUCACCGACACGGAGUGUGAUCGCAUGAGCACAAGUGCAAUGAGCGAAUUGCAGUACUCUAUUGGUUCACGUACGCCAAGUGGCUCACUUUUUAACACUCCGUACACGAGCAGGAAGUAUCAUCGCACAAUAAGUCCGGGACUGAUGUUGCGCGAAUACGGUCGGCAUGGUUAUGGGUAUGAAGAUAUCUCGCGGAUCUACACGUACAGCUAUUUAACGGAUGAGCCGCACUAUCUCAAGAAGCCCAUUGAUCCGUACGAUAAGACGCCCGUGUCGCCGCACUUCCAUCGGCCACACUCGGCCAGCGGCGGCACGAUCAGUAUGCCGUCGUCCAGGCCGCAUUCGCGCAACAAGAGUGCCAUGAAGGUGCUCGUGGAUUCCAUCAGAACGGAAACGCCGCGUCCCAAGAGUCCAGCGAUGAACAAUGAGGAGCCGAUUGAGUUGUCACACUAUCCGGGCGCCAAGAAACCGCCGCCGGGUGAGAAGCCGAAGAUUGAGAGGGACGAUUUCCCAGCGCCGCCAUAUCCUUACACAGACCCGGAGCGAAGGCGUCGCUACUCGGACUCCUACAAGGGCGUUCCGGUGUCUGAUGAUGAGGACGAAACCGACGCAACGGCGGCGGUGAACAGCAAAGCGGAGCGUUUGAAGAAGGAGGAGGAGGAGCUGGCCAAGAUGAAUUCUGGGAUGGGGGCUGUGAUUCUCAAGGACCUAAAGGAACACGCUAGACAUACAAAGUGGAAGCAGCAGCACUUGGAUCCGAGGAAUGCUUCCAGGACUCCGUCAGCUUCCAAAGAGCCACUCUAUAAAUUGAGAUAUGAAUCCCCAGUUGGUGCUUCACCAUCGAGGAAUCUGGAUCAUCCUCGACCGUUUUACGAUGAUGAAACGACAUUUGAUCGAAGUACGAGUUACCGUGGCUCAGUUGGCCGUGCAAUUGGCAGCGCACCAAGUUACAAUGCGAUACACUCGUAUCGAUCACCGCCAAAGCCAGGAUAUGGUUUCAAAACAUCAACCCUACCGGCAUCAAUGCGAAAUGGUUACAGUUCUGAUUUCUCCUUUGGCGGUCUUGGCGACAAGACACACAGCACGGAGUUUAGUUGUGGCAAAUCAGAUGUUUCUGUGGACUCAAUAACUGAGGGCGAUCGUCGAGCUCUGAUGGCCGCCGAAUUGCCAGUGUCGAGCACAUAUUCCGGCGGCAUUGCCUACCAUCAUCCACAGCCGGGCCUCAUUCGUCGCAGUCUGCCGAACAUGGCGCACUCCAUGCUAGUCCACGAGCCGGCCAAGAUCUAUCCUUACCAUCUGCUACUUAUCACCAACUAUCGUCUGCCAGCGGAUGUGGAUCGAUGCAAUCUGGAGCGUCAUCUGUCUGACGUGGAAUUUGAAGCAAUACUACAGUGUACUCGAGCGGAGUUCUAUCGACUACCUCAGUGGCGUAGGAAUGAGCUGAAGAGGCGAUGUCGUCUAUUCUAAGGCUUUGAAAAAACUCACACGAGAAAAAUACUUCAACACACACACAAACACACACUUAAAAGCUAUAUUUACAUAUAAUUGGAGAGAUGAGCUUUUUUGGCCAUUGACAAGAGAUAGAAAGAGAGAGAAAUAUGCAUUUAGAAGUCGUGCAGGAAAAGAGCUCUGGAAUAAGGCUUAAGAUAAGCAAAAAAAGAUGUCUUUAGGCUUCUCUGUACUAAAUGUGCGCGCGCCAUAAAUGUUGCAGCAUCAUUUGUGUGUUGUUGGGGAAGUGAAGAAAAAGAAGGUGCAGAGCGUGGUGAAAAUAUUUAGGAAAAUUCAAAUUUUUCAAUCCACUUUUUAAUAGGCGAUCAAUGAAGGAAAAAUUUCCUCUUUUUUUACCAAUAAUCUUACCAAUCUUGAGCAGUGGAAUUUUAUAACAGUGUGUGACCCAGUGAGAUGUUGUUAUGACGAAAUUCCACUGCAAAUGACAUAGUGAAAUAGGUAAAUAAAUAAAAAAUACAACUUCACACAACUUUGCUAAUAAACUGAGAGAAAAAAAACAGAGACGAGAAAUUAUAGGCAUUGAAGAUAAUCUUAAAUCGUGUUAAAAUUGGUAUAUAGAAAAAAGCUAUAUAUUCUAUUUGAUUAUUAUAUUGAUGAUGAUGAUGAUGA